UGCGAUGAGGCAAGGCCAAUGUGUUCCUACUGCGUGAAACGCAACUAUGUUUGCGAAUUCAGCACAAAAGUGGACGCGACAUCGGUCAACAUUGACAAUUACCAAUCCUCAGCUACUUCCGAAGUUCGAUCAUUAUCUGGGAUCCAAGAAUGCUUUAGUUCAGCAAUCGUCCAGCAGGAGCAGCAGCAGCAAAUACCUAUUUCCAGUCACUAUUUCCCCGGUGCCCCCGAAGAAAUUCAGAAUCUUGAGCUUAAAAGAAAGCGCGAAAUUCCCGAUCCGCCAGCCAAUCAAAGAAGCAAAAAGCGUCGCGCAGAAACCUAUAAAGGUCAGGAGUCUCCUUUGCAGACUUCACUUGCACAAAAGUACAUCAAUGAGACGCCAACAAGCACGCAGAAUUCGAGACCAAAGCAAUUAUUUGACGAUGCGGCAGGCAACAAGCUGGAGGUUAUCAUUGAAAAACUCACGCAAAUGUCCAACGAACAAAAGGAAAUGCAGACCCAGAUCUCCAGAAUAUCGGCCUGGGAGGAUUUAAGAGAUAAAAUAAGCGGUUAG